AUGCACUGGAGAUCCACCUUUCUCAUCUCUUGCAUUGGCAUCGGGGGAGCCUUGACUGCCCCGGCCCCCCAGUCACAGAACACCAAGUACGUCGACUGGAAGAAAUUCAAAGCAUAUGGUGCCAACCUUGGCGGCUGGCUCGUCCAGGAGUCUACCAUUGACACGAUUUGGUGGGAUGCCUACUCUGGAGGAGCUGCUGAUGAGUGGGGUCUCUGCGAGAACCUCGGCUCACAAUGUGGCCGAGUACUGGAGAAGCGCUACGCUACAUGGAUCACCACAUCCGACAUCGAUGAUGCCGCCAGUGCUGGUGUGACUCUAUUGCGUAUCCCGACAACGUAUGCAGCUUGGAUCAAAUAUCCUGGCUCGAAGCUUUACUCUGGCAACCAGAAGGCAUAUCUAAAGGCCAUUACUACCUAUGCUAUCGAGAAGUACGGUAUGCACAUCGUUCUCGAUGUUCAUGGACUUCCUGGAGGCAUCAACGGGUUGACUAUUGGAGAGGCCGACGGUCAUUGGAACUGGUUCCACAAUGAAACCAACUUUGACUACUCUAUGCAAGUCGUCGAUGCCGCUAUCUCCUUCAUUCAAAACUCUGGUCACCCCGAGUCCUUCACAUUUGAGCCUAUGAACGAGCCUGCCGACAACAAAGACCUUUCUACAUUCGGCACCCCGGCUGCUCUCUCCGACUCUGGCGCUGCCUGGGUUCUCAAGUACAUUCAAGCCGUGCUGGAUCAUGUCGCUAAGGUGAACAAGAAGAUUCCGGUCAUGUUCCAAGGUAGCUUCAAGGGUGAAGAGUUUUGGUCUAGGAACUUCUCUAGCAGCGCCAACCUGGUCUUCGAUGUGCACAAUUACUAUUUCGCUGGUCGCGAAACAACCUCUGCAAAUGUGCCAUCAUAUAUCUGCACAGAUGCCAAGGCAACUCCUGGUGAUGGGAAGUUCCCUACCUUCGUCGGAGAGUGGUCUAUUCAAGCAUUGUACAACAACAGCUUUGCGCUGCGCGAGCGCAACCUCAAUGUGGGACUUGCGGCAUUCCACGAGUACUCCCAUGGUAGUGCUUACUGGACCUGGAAAUUCUCGGGCAAUGCCACAGUGGAUGGGCAAGGCACACAGGCGGAUUACUGGAACUACAAGGGUUUUGUUGACAGGAGCUAUGUUCAUCCGCAGUCUAGCGACCUGGACUACUGCUGA